AUGGCCCCGUCGUUCCGGCCACCCCCGCGCCCAUCCGUGCCUCCCAUCGGCUCCACCUCGCCGCCAGCAACAUCCCCGUCGAAGGAAUCGACCGGGGAGGGCCGGAAUCGCCGCCCUCGCCUCCUUCUUCUCCGCGGCCGUCCGAGCUCGCCGUGGCCACCGUGGCGCCUCCCGGCCUCCUCCGGCCUUUCCGAGCCCUCCGUCGCGCUCGUGGUGAGCCUCCGGUGCUCAGGCGCCCCUCAGUUCCCCCUCUCUCCCUCCGUAGCACCUCCUCCACAUGCUCCUGCCCCGGCCGCCGCUCGGCCUCGCCGCCGGCGUCGGUCCGGCGACCUUCUGCUAGCGGCGCCUCCACCUCCUGGUUCGCCUCGGCGCCCUCUCGCCAACGCGCCCUUCCGCGCGUCCAGGGGGCCACGGGAGCGCCGCCUCCGCCGCUCACCGGCGCCGGUCACCGUCGGGUUGACCACCGGCGGUUGA